CACUACUGUCUUCCUGCACCACCAGUGUUCCCUUCAAUGGGGCUUUGUGCAAGAGAGCUCUCCAGUGGAUUGGGCCCUGCAUAUUGGAUCUCAUUCCACCAGCCUUAAUGAUGGGGAAAUCCACUGUGUGAGGUCCCCCCAUGCCUCAUGGUGGCAGGACCCCCUCCGCAUAUCGAGCAAAGAGAAGACCCCGCCAAGGGAACCACUCCUUCAAAGGAGUUUGGAGACCCUGGUAAUGGUGCAAGAAUAACAGGAGACCUCAAUGGAUUGUUGUGGCUGAGGUCAGAAUGUGGCCCCAGCAUCUAUUAAUUUCGCUACCAGGGAGAAGAAAGCCAGCAGCAACAGCCUGGGAACCCUGAAGAUUGUUCGAGGGAAUGAGAGUGAAAACCAAGAAAUCCUGUCUUGUUCUUGCAGGGUUAGGCAGCUGCCAAGCAGAUGAAAGUAACAAAUGGAAACCUGAGAACUAGAGAGUUUAAGAGCAAGCUGUUAACAGCCCAAUUCUCAUCAGCUUGUGGGGAAGGGGAGCAGAGUUGAGGGAAGUGGCAGCGACAGGCAGCAGAUAAGAAUUCCACUGUAAUAGACAGACAGACAGACAGACAGACAGACAGACAGAUACACACAAACACACUACAGUGGAAUUCAUAUCUAUAUGAGUCUUAGAGCAGAGGGAGGGUGCCAAGAAGACUUCUCCCGUGGUUGGAGGGGACGUCCAGGACUCCUGGGUUCUGUUCCCCAUCACUAGAAAGAAACUAGUAUAAGGUUUUGGGGCUUUAGGGAGGGGUAAAUGAAGUAACAGUAAAUAUGGUAAGGGUAGACUCAGAAGGCAACAUUCCUAGAGGAGAAUGGGAUUUCAUGAAUUAAGUUCUAAUGGUUAGAGCAAGGGAGCCCUGGAAGUGAAGGUUUAGUGAGAGCAAGGGAGUCUAGAGCACAAGUUCAUGGCUUUCAUUCCCCUGACUGCAAUCCCUGUGUGGUCCAUUCAUUAACUCAACCACCACAGGGACAGUCCGUGUGAAAAACUUUGCCAGACACCCUGGGGAUGGGGGGAGCGGGGUGCAGAAUGAAAAGAAAAGGUACCUUUGGGUCAGAAUGUGGUCCUGGGUGUCACAACCUGGGGCAGACUUUCUUCUCUAGCCAAAUGCCUGCUUCCUUCUGCCUUUAAAUUCCCUUCUUCUUUCUUCCUCUUCCCUGACUCUGUGGGUUUUGCUUUUUCUUCCUUGCUGCAGACGGGAGCUGUGUGUGUCAAGCCCUUCUCACGGGGCUGGAGGAGACUGCGCUGCGCUGCAGGGAAUGGAGAGGAGUUGACUUCCCUUGUAGGCAAGCUGGUUUCAAUGAGGUACAGCGCGCUCUCUACGCACACAAACACUCCCUCCCUCCCAAAAAAUGACUUCAGGGGCUGAACCGUCAUGUGGUUUCCAUCAACCACCUGCCAAAAUGAUGGGGGGGGGAAUUAAAAGAGAGAGAAAACCACCCAGCCUCAAGGAUGGAAGUUUUCAGCCGCCCCCUCCUCUGUCCAAAAUGGCAGGCUUUCUUGUCAGUUCUUAUUUUCAAAGUAGCCACAUGAGUGAGUGGGCCAGGAGGGUGGUGAGGAAACAAAACUGACACCCCACCCCACCCCCUAAAAAAUAAUAAUAAUGGGGGCAGGGUAGGAUUUGGUCACCAAACUCUGACUAUGUGGCGCCAGAGAGGAUGGGCUUUUGUGUUGGUUUAAGGCCAUGCAAAAUAUUUGUCUUCCCCUGAGUGGAAGAAACUGACCAGCGAUAAAGAUGAAAGGGGGGAAGCCAUUUUGUUGGUAAGGAACUGGGCAUAUGCUGUUUUAGACCUCUGAACAAACAAUGGGCAGAAUAAGACAAAGAGACAGAGAAACAAGAUUGCGAUAGGAGGGGAUAAAGGAGAUCAAUAAACAUGGGGAGAGGGGGGAAUGCUCUUCAGUUACAUAGCCCAUGGAUGAAUGGCUUUAGAGGGAGACAGAGAGAAUGUGAGAUAAGAAUGGCUGGAUCAGUUUGCAGAUCCGUCUAAUCCCAGAGAUGGGAAAUUUAUGGCCGUCUAGAUAUUGUUGGACUGCCAGUCCCAGCCAGCAUGGCUAGUCAUUAGGGGAGAUGGGAGUUAUAUUCCCAUCAAUAUGUGUAGGGCCAGUGUCCGCCCUUUUCCAGUUGUGGGCAGUUGGAGGAUCUGGAAGUUCAUAAGCGGAGCAGUGGAAGAGACUCCCUUGGAAGGUGGUGGGUCCUUCAUGGGAUCCUUCAUCCAACAGGGGUUGGAUGGCCCUCUGUCAGGGAUACUUUGGCUGUGAAUCCUGCAUUGCAAGGGGUUACACUAGAUGGUCCUGGGGGUCCCUUGCAACUCUACGAUUCUGGGAUUCUGAGAAGGCUGACUCAGCCAAAGAAUGGAACACACUGGACAGGGAAAGCUGUAGAAUCAGGAGGUUUAAAGGAUUUUCCUGCCCUGUUCAUAUCAUACCACAAUGCUGACCCAAAGAGUACAAUUGCAAGUUGCCCACAUCUUGGGCAAUUGCCUAUUUUCAAUCUCUUGCUCCUUCCUUAGGAGGAGGAGGUCUUCCCACACCAGCGCUCUUGCACAGCUCCCAUUUGUUUCAAUGGGGCUUACACGGGAGAGCCUCUUGCUGGGUCCAUCACUGCUAAAAUGGCACUGUACAACUACAGUUGAGUACAUCAGGCCAUUUGGCUGAUGUCUGGGUGAAAGAGCAGCCCUUUCAGGUUACCUUUCGCUGUGGCUUGCUGUCAGUUGAAGAGGAGCAAGACAACAGGUCACUGGAAGUGCUUGCAUCAGAUGAGCCUUUGAUGCCAGUGCCCCUCCAGCCCAAGGAUGUGGCACAGCCAUUCUCAAACUUGGAGGACUCCAUUUCAGAAGACCCAGAGAGGUCAGAGUGAGAGACUUUUACCUCCCCCUCUUUCCAAGUACAGGUCUGUGCUUAAAAGCUCCAUGUCUGAGCAGUUUUUGUUGUUGCUGCUGUUGCCACAAAGCAUUCCCCGCAAAAAUCCGCACCUUAGUGCUCAGUCAGAGCAAAUGUCAAUUUGGGUUUUCUGUGGCUUGCUGCUUGCUCCUGUUGUAUGUUAAAAAGCGAGUCUUCAUGGGGAAAGCUCUGUGGCAACAAAAGGACACUCGGAUACAAAGUUUUAAAGCACAGAUUGUGGCUGGAAAGAGUGGAGGAAAGGUAAGCGUGGAUAAGAUCUUAGAGUGGGCUAGGCCCAGCGGGGGCAAGGCUAGCAAUUAGGAUACAGUUGUUGUUGUUGCUGCUGCUGCUGCUCUGUAAGGCUCAGUGUCAGGUUUUUUCCUGAUAAACUAAACAUCCCAGCUCCAUGUUCCUAAAGUCCUGCCCAAAGCUCGCCUUUCCCCAGCUAGUCUGCCUUGCACCUAGCCUGGACAGAAUAGAUCAAGAGACCAAAUAAUAUAUUCCCUCGCUGCAAUUACUCACACACCCCCACCUACCCUGCAAUCUGUGCAUUAUAAACUACAGCAUUAUUUAUGUGUUAUUUCUAUUUCUAACCAUGCACCAAUUCACCUUAUGGUCCUAGGACAAGGGACAGACAAAAUCACUAUAAACAUUACAUUCAAAUGUACUAGAGCACAAUCAAAAUUUAAUAAUAAAAAAUUAUAAUCAGAGAAUAACACUUGUAUCCUCCCUCCACCCAAAGGCCUGGGUGAGAAGGUUCAUCUUAACCUGUGGCUGAAAUAUAUAUUACGAUGGAGCCAGAUGCACCUGGGGGCAGGUGCUCUAGCCUGAGGCCCCCACUCAGAAGGCCUUCUGGUGUCCUUAAACAAGAGCAGGCAUGAAACUGCUAAGAGAUGCUUGCUGAGGAACUAGUUCCAGGUGACGGAAGCAACCAAACCAUAGCACAGGGUGGAGGGGAAAGCAAGUCCUCCCUGAACCCUCCCAUGAGGUACAGUGGUUGAAUCCCCUCAGGUAAUGUAAAAGGGCAGCAAAUGUUAUGUUUUUUGUCCCUGCUUAUCCCAUAUAAUCUAAACCAGGGGUGGGCAAACUUCAAGUCUGCAAGAUCUACUUCUAUUCUUUACUACAACUCCAAGAUCCACCACCUGGAGCUAGUUGCAAAAGAAGUAGAUUUGGAAUUACAGUGGUACCUCGGGUUAAGUACUUAAUUCAUUCUGGAGGUCCGUUCUUAACCUGAAACUGUUCGUAACCUGAAGCACCAUUUUAGCUAAUGGGGCCUCCCUCUGCCGCUGUGCCGCCAGAGCCCGAUUUCUGUUCUCAUCCUGAAGCAAAGUUCUUAACCCGAGGUACUCUUUCUGGGUUAGCGGAGUCUGUAACCUGAAGUGUAUGUAACCCGAGGUACCACUGUAAAUAAUCCUGAGCCCAGGGAUUUAUUUUGCGUAUCAGAGCCAAAAAGAUCAAUUGUCUGACUUGAAUAUAAGGCAACUUACUACGAACCUAUGAAAAUCUACUCCUAGUUAUCCCUGUGUAUACAGUGGUGCCUCGCAAGACGAAAUUAAUUCGUUCUGCGAGGUUUUUCGUCUUGCGAAUUUUUCGUCUUGCGAAGCACGGUUUCCCAUAGGAAUGCAUUGAAAAUCCAAAAGGAAACAAACUUGCAAGACGUUUUCGUCUUGCGAAGCAAGCCCAUAGGGAAAUUCGUCUUGCGAAGCAACUCAAAAAACGAAAAACUCUUUCGUCUUGCGAGGCAUUCGUCUUGCGAGGCAUUCGUCUUGCGAGGUACCACUGUAUACCAAACACUUAAAGCACACUCCCACCUGCAAUGAAUCCUGGAAAUUGUAGUUUACCCUUCACAGACCUACAAUUCCCAGCACCCUUAACCUCCAGUUCCCAGGAUUCUUUGCAGGAGUUUCUGCUUUAAAUGCAUAGUAUGUAGGCAGCCAUAGACUGUGGAACAGUUUACAUGCCACUGGGGGUGGGGGUGGGGAGCUGCUUAGGUUUGCGUACUGGUCCCGAGAGAAGAUUAGAAAAGCAAUUUUGUACAUUUUGAUGCUAAAUUCCUGAAUUCCUUAAUGUGUCAUGCCAGAUUUGUUGAAAAUACUUUCUCUUACUCCAUGUAAUAUAAAAUAUUUAUUUUAUUCAUACACAAAGGUAUAUACUGCCUAAUAAAGAAUACAGCAAACAACACAAAAAUAGAACAUAAGAAUAGAUUAUGUAUCUAUGUGUAUAUGUGUAUAUAGAUAUAGAUGAUAGAUAGAUAGAUAGAUAGAUAGAUAGAUGAUAUAGAUAGAUGAUAGAUAGAUGAUAGAUAGAUAGAUAUAGAUAUGAAUAAAAUGAAUCACAUAAAACAGUUCUAUAUGCACUCAGGGAAAGCCUAUGCAAUGUAAAUAAGUUAUCUUCCCAUAUCUAUUUAGAUCUACAUGCCAUGGGGGGUGGGAAUAUCUGCCACCAAAUGUCAAGUGGAGAGUGAGAGAGGUUUACAUAAGUGAUUUUGGCCCAUUGCCCCUUCUCCUGUUCAGCUGAUGUUCUUACAGUGUGUGUGUGUGUGUGUGUGUGUGUGUGUGUGUAAAAAAAUUUAAAUCCUCACUGGGUCUUACGAGAUGCUGUGGACAUGAGUUGUUCACAAACCAGCUCUUCACCCCACUGAGAACAUUUCCCCCUAAUUUUGUGACUUUGUUUAUAGUUCAUUUUGAUUGUGGAAAGAGGGCAUUCCUAGAACAGCCGUGUGCCUGGGAGUUCAGGGCUCUUUUGGUCAAGAGCUUUUGAUCUCUGGAAGCCCUGGGUUGAGUGGUUCAGAGGCAAGGCAAGGGGGGCUGGGAAAUGGGGCUUUGGGAAGGCUUUGGAUUUGUUGGUGGCUUUGCGGUUUUUAAAGCAGCCCCAUUAACAUCUCCCUUGGCAAUCUUCUAAAUCAUGCGUAUGUGUGUGCUGUUGCCCAUACAUAUGGUUACCCACCACCCUUAUCUCUGAGAUUCCAGGGGUUGCAGGCAUGCUUACCCAGGGCUAGUGUUUCCUUGGGGAAUGAGGCACAAUGGGGACUAGGGUGCCUUUAUGAUAUAUGGUUUUAUUUACAUAUAUACAACUUGAGCCUACCUAUGGAGGGGCUCACAGCAGCAGCAGCAGCAGCAUCCCAAAAAGGGCCAGCUUAUUCCAGAAUCACAUCAGCAUCCCUUCUCUGCAGCCUCUCUUGCUCUACAGCAGGGGUCGACAAGGUUUACCUUGCCUGGGCUGGUUCACUCCAGCGGAGAUCCCUCUGUGGGCCGGAUUGCGGGCGCGUGAUUUCCAGCAUCUGUGUAGACGCGAUUUCCGGCAUCUGCACAUGCGCAGACGCAAUUUCAAGUGCCAUGGAAGCGAGUCUCCGCGCCGCGCUGUGCCAGUUAAACGACCCCCGUGGGCGGCCUGUGGCCCAUGGGCCUUAGGUUGCUGACCCCUGCUCCUGACUCCAGCUAAAUUCUUCCUCUCUGCUUCCUGGUUACAUCACUUCCACUCCCCUUCCCUAAACUAUGCUCUCUUUAUCUACAGAGGGAGGAACUAAAGCAGGGGUCAGCAAACUUUUUCAGCAGGGGGCCGGUCCACUGUCCCUCAGACCUUGUGGGGUGCCGGACUAUAUUUUUUGGAGAGGAAAUGAACGAAUUCCUAUGCCCCACAAAUAACCCAGAGAUGCAUUUUAAAUAAAAGGACACAUUCUACUCAUGUAAAAACACGCUGAUUCCCGGACCGUCCGCAGGUCGGAUUUAGAAGGCAAUUGUGCCGGAUCCAGUCCCUGGGCCUUAGUUUGCCUACCCAUGAACUAAAGGGCUCCAUUCAUUUGCAUUCUGACACCUACUUCCUUUUUGCUUUGCCCUCCUAACAGUUAAUCUGCCCAGGCAGUCCUCUCACAAAGAAGUUUGUUUGACUUAUUGACACUUGUUGAUUUGGCUAGGAUUACCAUGUCCAAUACACAACCCAGGAAAUGUGCCUCAUGUAAUUAUCUUUUACAUGUGCUAAUUAGGUAAAGGACCCCUGGACAGUUAAGUUCAGUCAAAGGUGACUAUGGGGUUGUGGUGCUCAUCUCGCUUUUCUGGCCGAGGGAGCUAGUGUUUGUCCGCAGACAGCUUUCCGGGUCAUGUGGCCAGCAUGACUGGCGCAAUGGGACACCAUAAAGAGUGCCAGAGUGCACGGAAAUGCCGUUUACCUUCCUGCUGCAGCAGUACCUGUUUAUCUGGUGUGCUUUCGAACUGCUAGGUUGGCAGAAGCUGGGACAGAGAAAUGGGAGCGCUCCCCGUUGCGCGGAUUCAAACUGCCGACCUUCCAAUCAGCAAGCCCAAGAGGCUCAGUAGCUUCAUUAGAUUCUAACCCUGGAUAGCUUUAUAACCCCCAAACUUGUUAUAAUAAGAGCUCACAAUAUUUUCUGGCCCUUGCAUGCAUUGUGGUGGCCUCUUCUUCUUCUUCUUCACUGUGGGAGCUGGUUCCAGCUGCGUUUGGAUAGCAGCUGCAGGAAUGUAGGCCAGAUUGGACAUGACGCCAGCAGGAACAUUCCUGAUGUGAUCUUUGAUCCCUGCAGGGUUUUUUGCUUUAUUCCCCAGGAAUCUCAUAUUCUUAUGAAGAUAUUCUCUAUCCCUCUUGCCUUGCCCCUCCUGAACAUCCCUCAUGAAUCUACUGCUGUUUUGAGUUGAGCAGACUAACAACAGCAUUGGGGUGCCUCAAGGCCAAACAAAACGUGAUGGUGGCAGCCACGCUUGCCCCUCACGUGUCUGCCUUCUCCGGGUAUAAAGGGCUGGGGUCUAUUUUUAAUAUCAAAAGGGGCGUAAAGGAAGGGAACUACCCACAUCACUUCCUUACAUCCUCAGCUUGUCUCCCCUACCCAGCCCCAUUUGGUAGGCAUGAUGCUCUUAGAACAGGGGUUCCCAAGCUGUGGUCAGGGGAGCACCAGUGGUCCAUGAGCCUGAACUCCAUUGUGUACAUUGUACAGCAUCACAAUUGCCCCAAGUGGUCUGCAAAGAUCCUCAGCAAUCAGCAAGGUCUAGGGAGGGUGGGGAGGAGUUCGGGAACCAUUGUCUUAGAAAAGCCUGUAGCCUGCCAAUAUCAUUCCACUCAGAGUUAAAAAUCACAGGCACCGUAAGGUGUGUGCAUGUCCAAUUGCAAAUAAUGAUUUACAAAAUACAGAUUGAAAUCUGAAAUGACUAAUUCUGAAUUGAUUUAAUACAAAGGAAAAUUUAACAAAAGUAAUAAAUUAUGCAAAUAAUUUUAAUCUAAGAAAUGAAAGACAAAAUAAAGAUUUCCGCCCCCCAGGGCCUCCACCCCAUAUGAGCCUGCAUGAGUGGCCUUCCCAUAUGGAGGUAUUCAACUCCUGCUCCCCAUCCUGCUUAUGCAACAGGACUUUCCUCCUCUCCUCCCCCCCAUGCACACCCCAUGUUCUCUCAAAUAUUCUCUGCAUAAGUUUGGGGAAAACCCUAGAAUGGAGUUAGAGAGCAUGAGCAGGGAGAAGAGGGGGAGAACGUUGCAUUGCACAAGCAGAAGUCCUUGUGGAAAUGCAACCUGGGCUUGAAUCUAUUCCUGGGCUUUGGAAAUCGAAUGGGGUGGGAGCCUGGGAGUUAGCCCUCCAAAUUUAUUUAGGUUAGGAACAGCCUACAGGGUAUAAACCUGGCAUUCCUGUUCUCUCAGGCAAACUAAUGACACUGCGCCCCCACCCCCAUGUCCCACAUGAAAUGUUCCUUCCUUUUCCUCUCCUCAGAAUUCCUCAGAUGUUUUCUUUAAUUAAGAACUUCCCGAUUCUCCCUUGAAAUUGCAUUAUAAGUGAAAUUCCCUGGCAACUCUGAAGCACCCUGUAGGGGGAUUGUAUGGAAUAAAAUGACACCUAGUUGCUUGACUUCUUGUCACCUGGGAUGGCACAAUGAUUGGAUACUGGGGCCAAGCCCUAUUGGUAAAGAGUUAACCAUUAUGGUGGCAAGCGACUGAGUUUGGUUUGAGGUUGCAAAUGAACUCCUCCUCCUGAGUCACCCAGAUCCCUUUCCGUGUGGUUCUGCUCCCUGUCUAUCUCAGCAGCAGCAACAGCUCUGCAUUCUUUGCAUUCUGGGAGUGCUCAGCCCCUCCCCAGCCCUUUUCCCCCCUUGGUAAUUAGCUGCACCAGCUUCCUCCAAAUUUGUUCUCUUGCUUUUUCUUGCCUUUUUCCCCCCUGGCGGCGCAAAUCUAAGAGCUGCAUUUGGGUGGGUUAACACAGCCUUGGUCCAAACAAGAGGCCUCAAAGGAAGGUGUUGCUUUUGGGAAACCAGGCGUGAGGAAUCGCACCCACAGCCUUGGCCAGGACUGUUUCAUUGUAAUUACAGAGAAAUGUCAUUUUGGAUAGAAUGUCUCUAAAUUCGGGUGGGUGGAAGCAAUCCGAGCAUAAGGUGAGCCCUGAUGGAUCAGACCCGGUCGGCAUCCUGUUUCCCAACAAAAUGCCUAUGGGAAGCCAACAGGAAGAGCCCCCCUGUGGUGUUGCUCCCCAGCUAUUUUAUUCAGUGGUAAAUGCCUCUGAAUAUGGAGGGUUCAUAUAGCCAGCUCUCUGCCUUAAUCUUUCUGCUUCGGAUGUUGCUGGACUCCAACUCCCAUCAGCCUCAGCCAGCAUGGCCAAAGGUCAAGGGUGAUGGGGGGUUUAUUUUGUGAACCACCCUGAGAUUUUCAGAUGAAGGGUGCUAUAUUAUUAAUAAUAAUAUUAAUUAAUUAAUUAAAAAUAGACCAACAACAUGAGGGUCACAGCACCAUCCCCAUCCCCAGUACCAGGUGUGCCAACUCUGGGGGGUUGAGGUGUCUUCAGCCUCCUCAAUAUGCACCAUUUUACACAGCGUCAGGAGACGUGUGUGACGUCAUGUGAUGUGUGUGUGACAUCACACGUGUUACACACAUUGUCCCCAUAUAUCCUUUUGCCAGAACUGAGCAUUUAAAAUUUAAACAUUUCCAAUUUUUGCUAAAGAUGUACAAAAAUUAGAGAGUAAAGAAUAUUUGAAGAAGGCUUUCAGCUUGUGAAGAAGUGAUUGGAAAGGGAGCAGGCAAAAAAGGAGUGCUAAUCACGUAUGCAUUCAUUUAUCAUGGAAGUUAUGAUACACAUAACUGAGUUAAAGAUUUGGGAGCAGCGCAUUGCAAUUUCAACAGACUAAACCAGAGGCCAUCACCCUUUUAAGGCUUGUGGCUCAUUUCCAAACAGGGAGAACUGUUGUGGGUAUCACGCCCACACAAAAAAUUGUAUCCAAUGCUAGUUAACUCCGUUGAAGUUAAUGGGCAUGCCUAACUUCAUUAUUUUCAAUGAAUCUACUUAGAGCUUAGCUCAAUACAAGCCACACAGGUUCUAUGGCUUUUCUUGAGCCUAAUUUCAGAGAGGGAGGGGACCCAGUGGGUGCCAAGGAAGACCCACAGGCACUGCAUUGGCAACCCCUUGGCUAGACAGUUUUUGAUAAUGCUUUUUUGAUAAUGUUUUAAGGGAAACUUUAAAAAGCAAGAAAUAGCACAUAUAUUACUCCAAUAAUGUUAAGCAACAACUCGCCAUUCUCAUUAUCUUCACAUCUUGGCUGCUCCCCAAAGAGCUACUUUAGGCUGCCUCAGGGCAUUCCCUGUGCUCAGUGGGAUUUUUUAUCUUUGAUGAGUAGAUUUUCCCUCUCCAAACCCCCCAACUAAUUUGGAAACUCACUCAAAUAUAAAAGCAAUCUGCUGGGCAAUGCUGGAAGAGCGGCGGUGGGGGGGGGGACGACUAUUGUUCAGUAAACACAAACUCAUUGCCUGGUCCAUCCUUCCUUCAUCCCCCCACCUCAAUCAUAAGCCCUAAGGAUAGGGUCUUGUGGCCCUCUAGGUGUUCUUGGAGUCCUCUUCCCAGAAGCCCCAGAAGCCAGCAUGGCCAAUGGUGAGGGUUAGUUGGAGCUGUAGUCCAACAAGACCUGAGGGGCCUCAGAUUCACCACCCCUGCGCUAAAGCAUCUUCAAUGGUACCUUGGGUUAAGUACUUAAUUCGUUCCGGAGGUCCAUUCUUAACCUGAAACUGUUCGUAACCUGAAGCACCACUUUAGCUAAUGGGGCCUCCUGCUGCCACCGCACUGCUGGAGCAUGAUUUCUGUUCUCAUCCUGAAGCAAAGUUCUUAACCCGAGGUACUAUUUCUGGGUUAAUGGACUCUGUAACCUGAAGCAUCUAUAACCUGAGGUACCACUGUAUCUUUGGAAAUGUUGGGGAACUGUGUGUUCCAUAGAAGUACAGUCUUCUCCUUUCCACCUUGCCUCCAUUUUCUAAUUCUCUCCCCUUCCUCGGUUAUUUCUCUUUGUUGAAUUCUAGAUUGCAAGCCGCUUUGCAGCAGGGACCCACCCUCUGUCAUUGGUUCUGGCACCAUCAGCUGCUGGCCUCUGCCUUCCUACUGGUCCCAAGGAACACCACCAGCCACCACCACCUAGUAUACAUUUGUAAAUAAAAAGAUCCUACUAAUGUGCCAUGAGUCUCUAGUGCUCCUGCCUCCCUCACAAGGAAGUGAGAAGUGCAAAACACUCCUGUGCUGGAAGGGCAAAACUGCAGAGUCCCUCUGUCUCCUGAGCUACCUUUGCUGGGAAGCCCCUGGGCUGUGGUCAGGGGGCUUCUGAGACUCUGUGCUUGUGAUCAAGGGCCUUUUACACAAGUAGAGGUAGAAGAGUAGGAAGGGGAGACUUUUCCCUUCCACCAAAAUCCUGAGCUGUGAAGAGGACAAUGGGUGUGGGAGGCACCAAAGGGGAGGCUGGCACUGCUGCUGCCCCCAACAAGACCUCUGCAGUAAUAGUGUCCAGAUGUGCCUCAACUGCAUUUGCUCAGGCUGGGGUCUUUCUGCUCUUGAGUGUGCGCCUCUCUGCCAAGGACACAGAUCUGCCUGGUGAUGCAGCUGUGGGUGGCCCUCAUUUUGAUUGCACUCAAAGGCAACCCAAAGGGAGCUGUGAAGGGCACCUGUGUGAGAGAUGAAUGGAUGGAGAAGAAGGGAAAAGAUUGGGGGGAGGGAUUGCUGCUUGAAAUGAUGCAUUUGAAAAGUCAGCACUUGGAAUCAAACAUGCCUGUGUUGGAGAUUAAAGUUGUAUUUCAAAGCUUAGAAUAAAUGUGAAGGGUUUAUAAUAGAGUUCAGCUCCAGUGCACUCCCACUGCUGGUGUUUGGAGCCAAAAACACAAAACGUUAGCCACAAUUCACAUGUUGCCUGCAGUUUCUGGAGAAAUACUGCUGCUUGAUGCAUUUUCCCCCAAACCAGCUUCCAUCUGAUUUGAAACCGUCAGCUGCAGUUACACUGAGGUGUAUACCUUCCAAACAUCCAUUGGACAUGCACAGUUAGCAGCACAUGCACAGAUAAUGGCUUCAUUGAAAGGGAGCAAGGGGGGGUGUUUUGCAGCUGCAGGGAAACUAACCAGGUAAUGCACAUCUCCCUGACCCCUCUCUGGUGUGUACAGCAAUGAAAAACAUGGCUUGAAACGCAGCUGUGCUGGCAGUGGCUUUCCACCCACUGCAGUGCUGGGUCAUUUCAAAGCUCUGAAUAGCUUGGGCCCAGGAUACCUUCAGUUGGGCCUUACCCUGUAUGUCCUGGGUCAAACACUGAGUUCACUGGGGGAGUAGUCCCUACCUGGACUUGUAGCACAACUCAUGUCACCAUGGCUUCAGAAUAGUGGAUCCAGUAGAAAGUUGGCAGGCUCUGUCCUUGAAUGCUACUCUGAUGUUUUAAUACUCUAGUAUUAAAUCACUCUGGGAGUUUUAUGGCAAGUGUAAAUGAAUACUCACAGAGCCAGCUGUAUGAGGUGGAGCUGCCGGGGAAGGCCUUGGCACUGGGGAGCCCUUCUGAGGCCCUGGCAACUGCCCUAGGAUGCCCGGUGCAGAUGCAAGAGAAUUGCUCGUGUGCUGGGAGAAUGUUUUUGAGUAAAGCUGCCUUUGACAACCUUGUGCCCUCCAGGUGUUUUGGACUACGACUCACAUCAGUCCCAGCCAACAUGACUGUAAGUUCCAGACAUGUAGUCUGGGCUGAUGGGACUUGUAGUCCAAAACAACUGGAGGACACACCAGGUUUGCAAAGGCUGGAAAUGAUUAUCUCAUGAACGGAAAGAACUCCACUCUUUCACAUCACUUACUACCUUGUCCUUUGAAUGGGAUGCGCUCCAAAUUGAACCUGGGGUUUUAUGCAUGCAAAGCAUAUGGUCCCUUUCCAAGUAUAAGGACUUCCAACAUUAUAAAAAAAUAAACAUCCUUAGGUGAAGUAUGCAUCCAGUUUCAAUUGAGAAAAAAGUUUGAGAGAUUACGCUUUACAUAAAUGUUUUAAAAAGUCAAGCCUUGUAUUUCUGUUCUCCCCAGCACAGUAGCUUUGAAAGUAAAAUAUUGUCUGUUAAACACAUUUUCACAGCAUGUAUAGUUAUGUAAGAUGGCAGUUUAAUUUGGAUUGCAAAGUACGUUUCUGAAUUUUGGCUUUCCAAAUACUUUUACUUUGGGGAAGGGCUUCAACUUUUGAUGUGCAUCUGGACCAAUGUUGUGCGUGUGUUUCAAAUUCUCUCUGUGACUCUAGGCUGCAGAGUAUAUUCACUACUACAUCACAUUUACAGCAUAUCACACUGGUGAAUUGUUUUCUGCAAUUUGCCACCAGGGCUGUUCCAAUACAUUUUGGCACCUGAAGUGAACCAAAAAAUGGUGUCCCCUGCUGGCCAGGGAAGAAAGGGUGAGUGAAGAUCUACAUCAGGGACAAGGGAGAAAAUAAAUAUCUCCAUCAGGAUUUGCUGCCCUUGUGGAACCUGCCUCCUGAGGCAGUUGCUUCACCUUGCCUCAUGGGAGGGCUGGCCCAGUUUGCAGCUGUUGAUUAAUUGAGGUCUUAAAGCUCUUCUGCAUGUUAUUGUAUAAGCAUCUGAAUAAUUUUGUAUAUAUUCAAUUCAUGAUUUUCCAUAACUUAGAACUUGAUGGAUGUCUGCCAUUGGUACCUAGUCUGUAUUGCUUUGUUUUUGUUUUAUAAAAACAUCUGCUGUCUUUUCUGUUCUUUUUAUUAUACAAGCAAUGACCAAUUGACCAUGCACGAACCAGUAAAUAACUUUAAAAAUGGCAAAAUGGUCCGAAAACAAUGCCUAGCAAUCCCACGAGCCUUUGCAAGUACAAUGCCAGGAGCUCUUGCACUGACCAUUGAGACCAUUGAGAGUUGAAGUUUGAGCAAGGAGGUUUGGAGGGAGCAAUUGUGGUGGAGUUUUGGUGUCUGGAAGUACUGCUGAUUUUUCAAAGGAAUUUUCAAGGGUUUGCAGAGGUUUAGAGGGCAUUGGCAGGCUUUUCCAAAGGUGUUUCAAGUAUAUGUGAUUUCACGUGAAUGUGUGGUGCCUUGGAAUGUAUCCCCCACGUAAAUGGAGAGUUGCCUGUACAUUGUACAACACAGAAGGGCUGACUCACCCCCCCCCCCUUGAAGCAAGGGAAGGAAAUGCAGCUUAGCAUCUAACAAGGGUCACCCCCCCUCCCUGCAGUAAACACUAUUCAGGACCUAACUGCACCAUCAGGAAAGAUCCCACCUGCAGUCUGCAGUGUCACAGUCCAGACAGGUUUACCUCCUCAUUGGCUGUUUAUGAUAACCAAGCCUCAGAGAGAAUGAGUUUAGAGAGGGAGAGAGCAAUUCAUGGCAGUGACAAAAAAACAAACCCCUAUACACCCCCUUGUGCCCCAGCUUCACUUCCCUCUUCUAGAUCUGUUAUGUACUGAGUUGAAUAGGAUCCAAAAUGCAGCAAUCUGAUUGGUCCUAGAACAAUAGGAUCCAGAAUGCAGCAGUCUGAUUGGUCCUAGAACAAUAGGAUCCAGAAUGCAGCAGUCUGAUUGGUCCGCAGGAGCCACCCAAUCCAACUCCGGGUGGAAGUGAAUCCACAACCUGAUUGGCCUACAGGAGAAUCCCAGAAUUAGCCAAUCACGUGGGGGCCAUUGUGUAAAUAAUGUAUAUAAAGCAGACAUUUCGGGGAAACUUCCAUUCCUCACUACUCUGAGCUGAAUAAAGAGCAUGAAAUCCACACUUGACUCCGAGUAUAUUUCAAGAUCCCUCUUCUACCUGGCUGAGCAGCUGAGGCUGAUGAGAUUAGCAUCCAGCGUGAGACAGUGUACCUGCAGGCUAGGUGGGGGGGGGAAUAGGAUGUAAGGGGACCCCGCCCUUUGAGCUGCCUACAAGGGUUUGCAGGAAGGAGGGAGGGGCUCAGCCAUCCAGUUAUAUAACAGGCUUUUUUUGAGGGGGAGUUGUUAGUAAAAAGUCCAGUGGGGUGGGGUCAUAGACGACCAGGAACAGAGACGAGCAAAGGCCCACUAGAUUACAACCAGCCUCCCCUCCUCCUAGCAUUUCUCCCUCCCCACAGCUCUCCUCUCUCUUUUUCUCUGGCCAGCCUAGCAAGCAGCACUGUUUUCACAGCUGCAGCCUUCCUGUGCCUUGGAAACGGCAUUACCUUACUGCUUCCCCCUCCCCGGCCGUCAUCGCCCACCCUGCCCCAGGACGCGAGGGGCAGGAAUGGCAAGGGCUGCUGUGAGAUGCAAGCCAGAGACGGCUGCUUUCUGGGUUACAAGAAUCAAGUCAAGGCGGACCAGAGGAAGAGGGUGGCUCCAAGGACCGACUCCACUCUCCGCAACCGACAACAAGCAGUCAGAAAUUUGGUUUCUUCCUGACCCUUGCUGCCUCCCAGCGCCCUCUUCUCCAUGAACUGUCUGUUCUCAGCACCAUCAAUAAUUGUAUAACCGGGUGGCGAAUGUCAAGCCCAGGGGGCAGAUGUGCCACCGCAGGCCUCGCCCCUCACUGGUCUGCUUCGCGCCCUGAAUAUUUUUGCCCUCGAACCCUAGUGAUGCCUCUUGCCAGUCUGGGUGAAGGAUAAGAGAGCAUGUGUAGAAACUAGCACAUGGUCCAAAAGCAAAUUUUAUAUUUGUGACUUGGUGCACUCUUGCCUCUGGCCCUGCCUGCCACUGGCAUGUGGUCCUCAAAAAGUCUCCGAGGAGGAAAUGUGGCCCCGGGUUGAAAAGGUUUCCCCAUCCCUGCUGCAAAACUCAUACCCUCUAACAUUUCUCUGCUGAAAAUAGGGACAUCUGAUAACUUAUUUUGGUGUAAGGGAUAUUAAUGCAACCCUUUCACGAUGUAUUGUGGUUGGCCCCUAAGACUGUUUAACCAAGCCUGAAUACUUUUUAAAAUUUGUCUUUUCCCCCCAGGCAGACUGACCAGCUCCUUGUGUUUUUCGGGUUCCUCAGCAGCACCCUGUUGCAUCAGGAACAGCUGCCUCUUGGUUUUUCAUUGGCGUCUGCAAUGCGAUGCAAAAAAACCCCACAUAACACUGAAAACCUGUCUGGGCCCCACUGAGCUGUGUGCAUCAAGGAGGGGCAGACAGCCCAGCCAUUUUUUCCAUGUUCCAUUUGGGGCCUCUGGCUGGUGGCAAAGUCUUGGAGCCAAGUUGUCAUUGGCCUCCUGCUCUCACAGUGCUGCUGUCUUUUUGGCUGUGAGGCCGGGAUUAAGGAUGACGCCGGAGUUUCCAAACCUCCUCCUCCCACCCUCUCCCACCCCACUUUUCCACCUCUCCAGUUUUCCCAGCCAGCACCAUGACUAAGAGUCCAAUUUUGCACAGGGCUGCUGUACACUGGCCUACCCUCCAACAUUUAUCCGAUGAAAAUAGGGACGUCCCAUUCCAUCAUGAUAAUUUCACUAUUUAUACCCCACAACCUUACUGGGUUGUCCUAGCCACUCUGGGCAGCUUCCAACACAUGUAAAAACAUAAUAAAACAUUAAACAUUAAAUAAACUUCCCUAUACAAGAUUGCCUUCAGGCGGCUCGGUCGGAUAACUCCAUACCUUCCAACAUUUCUCCAAUGAAAAUAGAGACAUCCUAAGGAAAAGUGGGACAUUCUGGGAUCAAAUCUGAAUCCGGGACGGUUUCUCCCUCUCUCUCUCUAAUUGAUAUUUAUUUUUAUUUGCUUUCUGAUACAAUUCCAUGUCAAAGAAAUGAACGGAAAUAAUGCAAAGGACACAAAAAAGAAAACUCUGAAAUAGAAAAGAAAUAACAAUUUUAGGAUAUCGAAAAAUAAACAGAAAACCAGAAACCAUUUCUCCACCAACUUCCCAUCCUUCUCCUUCCAUGGUUCCAUGCCUGUCUUCACAAAGUUUGCUGUGCUGUGGAGCAACUUCUUCUUUAGCAACUGGCAGGCCAUUUCCCUCCUUUCUUUUAAAUCUCCCCUUCAAACUAGAUGACCUUUUAGUCCAGCUACAUAAUCAGUCCUUCGGUAAAAUAAUUACAGGAGGGAAGGGGAGCCAAUUUGUCCAAAGAAGGCCAGCAUCUGGGGAGGCUUAUCUCUUCACUCCCCCACUGCAGCUGGAAUGGAGGUACCCUCCCCAUUGCUUGGCAUAAUCGCAUGAGCACUUGGCAUAAUCGCAGAGUAUUUUUCAUUCUCAUGUAUAUUAUAUCUAUUCGAAAAAAGAUUGGUUAAUGAAGAAAUUACAUAUCUUUCUACUUACAAAUGUUGAUCUAACUGGCUGAUGAAGAAUUCAGUGAAACAGUAGUUGUUAUCCGGAAACACUGUUCAGCAGAGUUCAGGGUUGGACAUCAGAAUUGGGCAUUUGCUAAUUAUACAAAGCUUCACAGCUUGUUCUCCGCCGGGUAAAGUCUGGCACCGUGGUUCAUUUAAGGACUUUCAGAGACUUUCAGAGACUUCAGUUUGUUAGUUUUGAUGUUUUAAAUUAUUUCAUAAAGUUUUCACAUUGUAAUUGUUUCUGGCCAUCGUGUUGCUUUUGAUAUUGCUGGCUAGGAGCUUUGGCAGGGGGAGGAGUCCCCAACUGCUGUUUUCGGAUCUUGGACAAAAUUGGACUACAUGCCAGGAAAGUGGCUUAAUUAAAUGCCUAGAUAGAAGAACAAGCCUUGCAUCUCCCAACCACAGAUGUAUGUGUGUUGGCUAUGAGUGCUCAAAAAUACUUAACAGGCACUCUGCACAUGCUCCCAAGCACUCUUGUCAUUGCUUGGCAUGUUUCUUGCACACAAGAAUACCAUUACAUAUUUCAGUGAGGGGUGUGAGCAAGGUUCUCAGCAAAGAUUGGAAGCCUUUUCUUGGAGAUAUUCAAAAUGAAAAUGCUUCCUGCCCAGAGCUGUGUAUAUUUUAAGUGCAUUUGUUGUGGUUACCUUUUUAUACUUCAUAUAAUCUCUAGAGCAAUGUUAUGAACACCAGUCUGCACACACCCCACCCUCCCCGCCGAAAUGGAUCUGGGCUUUUGGCAUGCGUAUUUGGGGCUGAGGUCCACAUGCAGGUCCACAUUCUUGGAACAAACUCUCCUUACGUUCCCUGCAGCCUUCUCCUACAUAAAGCUGGCACCUUAACAUGUUUAUAACUAUGGAUAUGUAAAUGUGUAGAAUCCGUGUACUGGUCAGAACUACAGGUGCUCCAUGGAAUAAUUGCAUGUUCUCUGAGGUGCAGAGAGGGCCGAGGGCUUGACGCAAUUUCUGAUUCAGCUGAAGCACAGCUGGACUGCAGUUUUUGGAACCUGUUGAAACAAUGCUCCCAGUCCUUUAAAUUAGAGCUGUCUGGGCAAGGCUGAGAUGCAGCCAGCUGUGAUCAGUGCCAUUUGUCUCCUGUUGUUCGUCAUGCUGAAGAAUACGUGUGGCAUAUGUAUACAUAGACAGGCACACAUAUAGUUGAGAACCUCACUUUAAAAAAGUGGCAAUGUUUCAAGUUCUCAAGGUUUCACAGAUGUAUCUGCAAAUAUACAGGCUAUGCCUUCAGCCGUUCAGGAGCAUGGGAGCUUUUGCAUUACACAUAUAGCUCAAUCCAGAUAAGACAGAGGCACUGUUAGUGGAGGUUCCCUAGGCUGGCUGGAUGGGAGGUGGCCUGCUCUUCAGAGGGGUUACACUCCCUCUGAAGGAGCAGGUACAGAACUUUGGGGUCCUCCUGAAUCCUUUGCUGUUGCUUGAGGCUCAGGUGGCCUCAGUGGUGCAGAGAGCCUUCCAUCAGGAUUGGCUGGUGGCUCAGCUGCCCCCUUAUCUGGACAGGGAUAACCGAACUUCUGUUGUCUCUGCUCUGGUAACCUCUAGGCUGGAUUAUUGUAACACAUUAUAAGUAGGGCUGCCUCUGGAAACUUCAACUAGUGCAGAAUUUGAUGGACAGGUUGCUCACCAGAGCAAGACAGUUUGAGCAGAUUGCACUAGUCGUGGCCCAACUGCACAGGCUGCCAGUUAGUUUCUGGGCCCAAUUCAAAGUGCUGGUUUUGACCUAUAAAGCUCAGGACUGCAAUACCUCAAGGACCGCCUCUCCCCAUAUGAACCUACCCGGUCCCUGAGAUCAACUUCUGAGGCCCUCCUUCAUAUGCCUCUUCCUUGAGAGGUCCAGAGGGUGGCAAAAAGAGAACAGGCCUUCUCUGCAGUGGCUCCCCAUCUGUGGCAUGCUCUCUCCAGGGAAGUUCGCCUGGUGCCUUCAUUACACACCUUUAGGUGCCAGGCAAAAAUGUUCCUCUUUAGCCAGGCCUUUGGUUGAUCUGUUUGACAUCCAACACCCUUUUAGAAUGUGGCUUUUGGGGGGGGGUUAUUGGGUUACUGCUUUUGGUUUGAUUUUAUAUGUUGUGGUCUUGUUGUGAACCGCCCUGAGACCUCUGGGUAUAGGGCGGUGUAUGAGUUGAAUAAAUAAAUUAAUAAAUAAUAAAUAAUUUGCCCAGCCACUCCCCCCCCCCCAAUCUGCUCUUAAACACUAAAUCGGCACAAAUGGCAACCUGUGGGAAAUCCUGUUGCCGCUUGUUCCCAUCCAGUGCUAAACCAGGGGUUUCCUGGGGGGAAAGAGGUGGAAAGUGUUAUGUACUGAAGUUCUCACCCUGGGCCAGCAGGGGGAUACUGUAGAUAGUUAUGCAAAUAAGGGAUCGAAAGUGACGUUCAGUGAUUGGAUAGUUUUAGAAAGUUGUUACUGUUGCAUUGUAGUGGAGCUCUAUAUAAGCAGGCUGACUGAACCCUUCAGUUCAGUUCUGUCCUGGCCUGUGAAUAAACAAGAGCUGUUUGAAGAAUCGCUGUGUCGUCUGAUAUGUUCACCCACAACUUAACAGAAAGGAGUGUGGGUGUGCCUUGUCAAUGUUUACUUGUUUGAUAGACUUUUGCAUUUGAAGGACAAAAGAGUGAGAGGGGGAUGUUGUUGUUGUUAUUUAAAUUUAUAUACCUGUUAUGUACUAAGCUUGGAUCCUAGAUCAAUAGGCAAGUAGGAUCCUAGAAUGCAACAACUGAUUGGCUUGCAGGAAAAGACCAAUCAGGCUCCAGGAGGGAAGCAGAAUCAGCCAAUUAGAAGGGACUCAUUGUGUAAAUAAUGUAUAUAAAAGCCUGAGGUUGGAGGGGGGGUGCAAUUCAAUCACUGUUUUACAAGCUGCAAAAAAGAGCAUGAAAUCACUGCAGGACUCCGAGUAUAUUUCAAUACCACUCUUCCUCUGUAGAUCUCAGGGCAGUUCACAAUAUGAAAACACAAGUUAAAAGCACAAAACAAAUAGUUAAAACGAAACAUAAUCCACCCUCCCACAAACACAUUUAAAAGGCUGUACAAUAUUAAUCAGCCCAAGGCCUGGUUGAAGAGGAAUGUUUUUGCCAGGUACCUAAAGAUGUAUAACUGCAGAAAAAGCUUGUUCUCAUGUUGACACCCUCCAGACCUCACGUGGAGGCAGCACACGCCGAAGGGCCUCGGAUGAUUAACACAGAGUCCAGGAUGGUUUAUAUGAGGAAAGGCGGUCCUUGAGGUAUUGUGGACCUGAGCCGUUUAAGGCUUUGUAGGUCAAAACCAGCACUUUGAAUUGGGCCCGGAGACUAAUUGGUAGCCAAAACCUCUCAGACUAGGCAUGGGACAAGCAGGAAACUGCUUGGACCUGUGCUUUCUAGGAGUGCACUGUUCAUUAUCAGAUUCCAGGCUAAAAGUAGACAACUUCAUGUUACGAGCAAACAAGGAAACCCAAGGCAGCUACUAGAACCCUUUGCCUCCCUGCUGUUUUCCAUUCUAAAGUCCCUCACCUGCACCCCAUCAGCUCUUGCAUGUACUUCAGAGAAAAGAGCAGCAACAGCAGCUAGAUUUCUUGUAAUAUCUAGCUCAAAACCGCGUCCCUUAAGAGAGAAACACCUGAGCAUAUAAAAACAGCCCUGCCUAGUGGAUCACUCUCUCUCUUGUUUGCCUUUCAGAUGUUGGGAUACCGUGAGGAAGAAGAAAGCAGCUGGCACAUGGUUGCACAAUUUCUGUUUCCCAAAGAAUUCAGGACAGGAUGUGCAGGAUAUUUCUUGACCAAGAAAGUGGGUGAGAGAAGGAGGCGGGUGGUUUUAGAGAAGAGAAUGGAAUUUCCCCAGCUGGAGUCAGAACAGGAAACAGG